AUGGAUAACAGGUUCAAUACAUCGUAUCUGACUCUAGGAGGGUAUGUAGAUGUACACAAGUAUGGAUAUUUUUAUUUUGCAUUCAUGCUGACAAUUUCUAUUGUUAUUAUCUCAAGCAAUUCGGUAAUUGUCUACCUAAUCUGUGUUCACAGAAGCCUCCAUGAGCCUAUGUACAUUUUCAUUGCAGCUUUAUUAAUGAAUUCUGUCUUGUUCUGUACAACUUUCUACCCAAAGCUGUUGACUGACUUCUUGUCUGAAAAACAAAUUAUAUCAUACCCAUUAUGUAUUUUUCAAGCUUUUUUUCAUUACUCUUUUGGUGGAUCAGAGGUUUUCUUAUUAACAGCCAUGGCAUUUGAUAGGUAUGUAUGUAUAUGUAAACCACUGCAGUACCCUACCAUCAUGAGAACACAGACUAUCAAACUCAUUCUGGUUUUAGCUUGGCUUGUACCAGCUUGUGAACUGACAGCCUCAGCUGUUUUGGCAACUAAACUCAAGCUCUGUAGGUUUUUUAUGCAUCAAAAAGUGAAUUGUGAUUUUUAUUCACUUGCAAAACUCACAUGUGGAGAUACAUCGGUGAUUCACGCCUAUGGUUUAUUCUUGCUCAUAAAUCUGAUCUUUGUUCCUGUUGUUUUCAUAGUUUUCAGUUACACCAAAAUUCUGAUUAUUACCUUCAAUGGUUCAAGAAACAAAAAGAAAAAAGCAAUGCAGACAUGUCUGCCCCAUCUUCUCGCUUUAAUCAAUAUUUCCACAUUGUCUGGAUUUGAAACUAUCAGAAUCAGAGUAAAAGCACCUAUACCACAGACAAAUAAUUUCAUUUUGUAUCUAUUAUUGAUUGGCUGCAGUUAUGUUUUUAACCCAUUUAUAUAUGGGCUGAAAAUGAAAGAAAUUUCUAAACGACUCAAGGCCCUUCUUUGCCAAAACAAUUUAGAUUAA